GAACUGCAGUACAUGCUACUCAGUGUUACUUUGUCCUUUCAUGUAUAAAUGGCCUUUAAAAUGUUUUCCAGACUCACCGCAGUAACUUUCCGACUUAAGUCCUUUCCGUCCGCCUUCAGCACUCUAAGCUCCAGCUGCAGGGUGAAGGUGGAACAUGACCGACUGAACCAGCGCUUCACGGUCACACCGGGCAGCGGGGCCGGGGCCCAUGAUUGUGCGGUGCUGACCUACAGAUUCACCGGGGAGAAGGAGGUGAAUUUAAUGUCGACCUACGUGCCAGAGACGUUCAGGGGUCAAGGUGUUGCUGCAGUGCUGUCACAGGCUGCCAUGGACUUUCUGGUGGAAGAAAAUCUCAAGGCUCGUGUCUCCUGCUGGUACAUAAAGAAAUACAUUGAGGACCAUCCACACCAGCCUUUUAAAGACCUUGUCGUCACUUGACAGCAGCUUAUUUGUCACUGUGGCCUGAGCUGAUUCCUCAGAUCAACUACAACCUCAAAUACCUCACUGUACAGCACUACAGAGGCCAAAGGGAGAGUGAAAAGCAAACUAUACUUGAUCUUUACAGUCUGAAAGUUGUGGUUAUGAAUAAUGAUUGUCUAUUUUAAGUGGGUUUAAAUAAUUCAUAUUAUUUUUAAACAAUCAUAAAUGUAAUAUUAGUAAAGUGACUCAAAAUCUCCUGAAAGAAUUCAGGGUUUUAAGAUGAAGCUGCAGCACAAUUGAUUUUAUUUCUGUCUACUUUAGUUGAUCUGAAAUUAGCGUAUUUUGUGGUUGGAAUAUUUAGCCAAAGUAUAAUUUUAUGUGAUUGUUGACA